AUGCUUGAUGGGGUGCCUGAUGGCAAAGCAGCGUUCCUGCGGCUGAGAAUCAUAGUGGACGAGGACGAGGAGGAUUUCUCUCCAGCGCAAUUGCAGCAGCAGAUUCAGCAACAGAUGCAGCAGUUGCAUCUUCAGCAGCCACAGCAGCCACAGCACGAGACAUCUUUGGAUGAUGUCGAACUGGUCAAACAGUUGGAAAGCCCAGGCUUCAGACCGCAGAGCUCCAAAGCCGAGCAGAGGGGCGGCUCCAGCGGCUCCAACGCCAAGCCCGCCGUGAAAGCCCGAGCUCCCGAGCCAGGGACCGUUCGGCGGCUGUCAGUAACGCUCAAGGGCGCCAACGGCUUGCCAAGUCCAUCUGGUGGGAGGUGCUCUCCGUACUGCGUUUGCGAAGUGCAGGGCAAUCAGCGCUUCCAGACCCGCUCAGCUGUGGUGAACGAGUCCAGGGAUCCCGUUUGGAACAAGUCCUUCGACUUCGACUACGCUGCAGUUGAGCCAAUUGUUUUCAGCAUCUUCAACAAGGAUGUGUGGCCCAAGAAAGACAGUCUGCUGGGCACGGCCGCGCUGGACGCCAACGAUGUCGUGCCAGAUGGUCUGGACGGCGUGCUUGCAAUCGAGCCUGCGGAGGACCACUUACCUGGUGCUGUGCUUCAUUUGCAGGUGGUUUGUCACGGGGAAAGGCGAGCCGUGAGUCGAAGAGAGCAUCCACACCAGCGUUUCUUGACGCAAGAUGGGGGAGCAAGAGCAAGACUGGAGGCUGCCAGCGCCAAGACCGCGCCACACCCUGCAGACAUGGCGCCGCAGAGGCUGCGGGUUCUCAUCCAGAGCUUCCGCGGACUCCACGGCUUGGAGCUUUCUGUGAGGCGCUGCUUCUCCUGCAUUUGCGCCAUUGCUGGGCGGAGGCACGCAGACUUGCAAACAGGUGGCGCGUUUGAGGCUGGGUAUCAGACUGUUUGGAACCUGGAAGGGCACAUUGAGGACUACAUCCCGGGAGAAGACUUGGAGUUCCACGUGGCCGCGGAGGAGGGCCUCGAAGGCUCUGCGUUCCUGCGGUGUCAGCAGUUCUACCCCUUCGGUUUCAACUCAGAGCUGUCCAUGUCCAACGACGGACACGGCAUCAUAGGCCUUCUGCGGGUCAAGGUGACAGUGGAUAAGGAGCCGCCAAAGAAGCCACUCAUGGCAACAGGGUCUCGGACACUUGGUUUGCAGGGCAGCAAUGGAGCAAGGCUAAGCCAACAACAAGGUGACGUUUGGCUGCGCAGCCACCGGCCCUGGGGCGCCGUGGAAGCCUCGCUGGCGGCGGCGGCCGGGGCGGACCGCCACCACCUCUCGACAGAGUCCAGCUCGGUCAUUCGACGCGACAACCACCUCAGACCAGCGCCUGCUAGCCCAACGCGGCGUGCCGCCAGCCCUGUGAGGUCAGCAGUGCCGGUGGCAAGCAGCAAGGUUCUGCCCACAUCGCCUGUGGCCACUACGAUUGCCAUGCCAGUGAUCUCACCGCGACCUGUGGUGACUGGGGCUACUGCCAUGGUGACAACCACAUACCAUCCACCGAUUUACUCGCAGCCAGCGAUGCCAUACCUUCCAGCCACCUACUUGCCCAGCACAACCUACGUGACUUCGGCGCCAUCUCCCAGCUUUGGUCUAGCUGUGCCCGCAGCCCCCGCAGCCCACUGCGCAUCCCCCGCCCCGGCCCCGGUGCCAGAGCCACUUGCCAUGCCAUACCAGCAGCUUCAGGCACGUGGUCCAGGUGCAAGCGCGGCAGGUCAUUUGAUGCAAUGGGGCGACGGUGGAGUGGACCAAGGUCGUGCCAGCGCCGGGGCGCUGUCGUUACUGGCAGAAGCCCAAGCAAGUUGGCGCGCCGGGCAAUGCCACGCCGCUUUUUAG